GCAGGACACGUCGCUAAACAAGAUGGCUGCUUUGAUACUUACGUGAAAGAAUAACCAAGAUUCUCUCCCGAAUUUCGCUUUAUUUAAACCAAUAUCGAGACGAUUCUUAUACCGAGAGCGUCGAGUAUAACGCUCUUACUUGUAUUUUUGAAGUAUUGACCCUUACCGUUCUAAUCACUCGAAAAACGACUACAUUUCUUACAACGUGUGUCAUCCAGAUUGAGAUUGUUGUGGUGUCCUAAAGGCUAUUACGUCUUCGAUUUAAAAAGUAAUUCAAAAUAAACAGUAUGUCCAGAGAAAACAGUAAUGGGGCACUAUUCUUAGACAGCGAUGAACAGAGACAACCAAAUGACUUUAACGAUCCCACGUCUGUGAAUGGUCAAAAUUGGUUUGGAUAUGGUGUCAAUGAAGUGAACAAUCAACUGCAAACAUCUCAGCCUCAAUUUAUCAAUCCUAGAGACUUUAUUGAUCCACCACCCAAUGUAAGGAAUCCGUAUAAUCAAGAUACAAAACCAAUGCCACAUCCCAAUACUGUAAAUCAGUAUAACCAUGAUGUAUCUCAGGGGAUGGACAAUAUAAGGCCACCACCACAUGAACAACCAUGGCACCAAAAUGCCGGUGCCGGACAAUGGGAAUACCAUGAUCCGGAACAUAUGUCACAGGGUACAUGGAAUACACAGGAACAAUAUAUUCCACAAAAUCAACAAAAUUUACAAGCAAAUUUUGACUCGUCUCAACUGAAUAUAACUUACCAACAAAAUAGUACCUACAGACAGCCAGAGGUGGCCAGUUUUCCAUCAAAUUCUCCUCCAGGGAGUGAUCGUAAUUAUGAACAGAAACCUUUUGAACAGGAAGGAGGACUUAAUGUGCAAAAUGUUGAACGUCAGAAUGACUGGCAACAGCAACAAAUGAACGAUCAAGUUCAUUUGGUGCCGGAAAAUCAAGAUUCCAUGUCAAGAAAUAGUUCGGGUAUGUUUGCAGCUUUUUUCGGUGAUGACACAACUGAGGAUAGCUUUCUGAAUGCCAGUGGACAGAGCGGGCAAAGCUUGAGUGACCGUCAAAGUCCGGUCAGUAACAUUAGUGGUUCUUUUCAUGUAAGCAAUAGUGGUGAAACAUCUCAAGACCAAAAUCAUAAUCAAGGCCUAGAAAACCAACAUAGGCCUCCAUCGGCAUCUGGUCUGGUUUGGCAGCAAAAUCCUGGUGAGCCUGUAACUGAACCCUACCCUGAACAUCCCUUGCAGUCACCUGGGAGCCAAAGUGGGGUUCAGAGUUGUACUCACUGCCACAAAACAUUUCUAAACCUUUCCCUGGUGGAAAUAACUAUGAACAAGUUUUGGAUGCUAGGAGAGAUGAAUGCACGGAUGGUUUCCCAUUUAAUCAGGAGCAUACAGAACUGGCUACUCAAGGUGAUCAGAAUUCAUUACCGAUCACAGAUCAUUCUUCCGCUCUGCAAGAACCUGUAUUGUUGAACGAACCUCAAAACAUGUGGCCUGACCACCAUCACCAGCAGCAGCAUGAUGUUUCAGCCCAACUUACGGGGUCUAACCAGGAAAAUCUGCAAUCUGUACCUGGUAAUCAACAUGCUGGCCAUGAGAUUUGUUCUCCUGAACCUUCACCCUAUCCUCUUGAUCCUUUGUCACUCCCAAUGCAUGAAGAUCUCACGGGCCACCUUGUCGCACAAACACACACUGAAGAUAAUCAAGCAGGCGCCGCUGCCGCUCCACAGCAGUUUUAUAACCCAGAUCUAAUACAAGGCAUUCCAAACCAGACACAUCCCAUGGAGCAUGUAAAUACCCUCUCGACAAACCAAGUCCAUGAUGGACACUCGGAUACAGCAAGUAUAGCCAGUUCAGCUGGCAUUACGUUCACUGCUCACGAAGGUGCUUGGUCGUCUGGACCCCAUAGCCGCAAUAGCCCUGCUGAUGUAGUUCCUUCAACUGGCAAUCCUGUUAUAAACCAUGGUCGUACUGCCUCUUUUGAAUCUAACAAAAGUAAUCAAAGCACCAGUAGUGAUCAUAGAUCCAAUUCAGUGAAAGAAAAUACAGCUACAAAAUCAUCAGUUUGGCAGUCCCAAUCCUCUCCGAAUGCGAUGCCACCAGGGAGCAUUCCAAUAGAAAAGUCUGUUUCUGAAGUUGCUGUACCUGGAGAACCUAACCCAGCUUGUUCACAAGACGAGUCUUCUCCAAUGAGUCCAAGAUUGCUUGGCCGAGAUGUACCUUUGAGUUUUAAUCACGAUAGAGUUGGUAGCCCCUUUCUUCCAACAAGUGGACCUGGUUAUCCGACUGGCUUUGGAAUGCCAUUAUCACCGGCUCCUGAACAUGGUCUUCACCCAGGGAUGCCACAGUCAAUUGCAGUUAAGAAGUCAAGCAUUCCAACUGAUACAACCAUCCCUGGGCAACCAGGUCAAGCACCUGCUAAGGUUGAACCAACUACUCAGCAACAAUCUUCCCACCCCCCUCCUGUAGCUCAAGAACAUACUCAACCUCUUGUAGAAAAUCUACCAUCUAAUCCUCCAGGAGCUCAACAGAUCUCUCGCCUUCCACCUGUGAUUCACCAACCAGCAGCUCUUCCUGCUUUGGUGAGCAAGCAUUCCCAUCUCCCACCCCUUGCUAAUCCUCCUAACUCUGCUCCUGUUCAUGGGAUAAGACCUCCCACUCAACCUGUGUUUCCUACUAAUCAACACAUGCAAUUGGGCCCUGCUCCUGUUCAGCUGAAACAACCUUCUCAUGCCAAUCUACCUCCUGCUGUGCCACCAGCACACCCCCCUGAAAGACUGCGGGAUCUGAAAGGUAUAGAGCCACAAAUGCAGCAGUUUCACCCACUACAGGUUACCACAUGCAUGACAGAUACAUCUACAACCGAUACAUGUGCAUCAUCUUCUGAUAGUCUCAGCAGCAUUCACAAGCUUUCCUCGGCACCAGAGAAAAUUCGAAAAGAAAGUCUGAAAUCUAGUAUAGCUCCAUCACCUCCAACUACUCUUUGGGCAACAGAUGAUGUUCCUUCACUACCAAAGACUAUUGUUUUAGCUCCUCCUACUGCGCAUUCAACUGUAGCUAAAGAUCAGCAACAACGACAUCUUCCACCCAUGCAAUCCGGGGAACAAGCACGACCUCUUCUUCUCAUGCCUGCAAGCCACUCUGCGCAAGUGCCCCAUUCCACUGAAAACCCAUCAUCAUUGGACAGUGAUCUUCACCAGGCAUCAAGAAAAUUAGAAAACUUGUCCCUAAAUUCUGGGACUGUCAGCAAUGCUCAAGGACCUACCACCAAUCCUGUUGCUCACGAACCCUUAAGAGGGACACACCCAAACAUCCAACGUGGACAACCAAAUAUGCAACAGCAGCAGCAGCAACAACAACAACAGCAGCAGCAGCAACAACAACAACAACAACACCAACACCAGCAGCACCAACACCAACAACAGCAGCAACAGCAACAACUUCUACAGAACAGACAAUCCCAUGAACAUUUACAUCACCCUCAUCAUGUCGCAGAUGCUACUGAGCAACAAGCUCCCAUCCAACAGCAACCUGUGAGAGACCGAUCUCCAACAAACUCGCUGCAGUACUCCGACGAUCGGCAAUACCCUUACGCUUCAAAUUCAAGGUAUGACAGACCACUUUCUCGACAGAGUCGAGAUCCAUAUGACGAAAUGUACAGUCCACGUGAGCGAUAUGACCAGUAUGCCCGGCGUGAAAACGAUCGACCUCUUUCAAGGUCUGAAAGGCCAUACUCUGUUCAGGGAUACGAACAUUAUCCUAGAAGUCGUGAGGGUUACGACUACUACGAUGAUCCGUAUAACCGAGCUAGAGGGUAUCGAUAUGAUUAUUAUGAAUAUGAUGAAUACGGCCGGCCGUACAGAACGCAUGAUUAUUACAGAGAUAAGAGGGGUUACGGCUAUGAUGACUGGAGGUACAGUGAGGAAUAUCGGCGACUGUACUAUGAACGUUAUAACUAUGGUAGGGAUACGUACGAGGACUAUGACAGACAGAGUGCGCAUUCGCAAUCUUACAGUGCCGAACAGUGGAGUAAUGAGAUAAGUGCUGAUGCCACAGACGGCAGGUACCCAGGUUAUGGUGAAGAAGCUUCCACUAGCUAUGAAGGGGAGGCUCCUGCUGGAUACGGAGUGGACCAAACCAUUCCGUACCAGACAUCCUAUGACAAUUAUCCUGCCCAAGACAAUGAGGGACAAGAACAACUACAGCAAGAACAGCCUGGCGGUUAUGAUGCCAAUAGCGGGUAUGAGUACGCUAAAGAGGAAGAACCAUGGCAAGCUGAACCCCAGCCAGAAGAAGAAGUAUCGCCACCUGGUCGCAUGACGCCGGUGAAACACGUACUUCCACACGUUGUGGCUAGGUUCGGUGCUGGCGGGCAGCUAAUUAAAGUAUUACCAAAUAAUCCUGAGGACGGAAUGGCAACUGUGGUUGAAAUUCAUAAUGUAGAGGCAAUCUUAGGAGACACAGACGAUGCUAAAGAACUGAAAUCAUUCCCUGGACCACUCAUUAGAAAUGAAACGCACAAAAGUGAUGUGAUACGGUUCGCAUCUGACAAAGCAGUCACAUGUCUAAAGAACACUGGAUUGGCUGAUAGGCAAUCUGCAGCUCUGCUCUGGGAUUUGAUGGUGCUACUGUGCAGGCAGAAUGGGACUGUUGUUGGUACUGAUAUUGGUGAGUUGCUACUCAAAGACAAUCCACUUCUGGAAUCUGGCUACAAUAGUGCCGAGAACCAGACACCUGAUGAUGAGUCUCAUGGGCACCGGGAAGCGCCAGCGACGACAGCAGACGCGGAUUCUCCACCAACUGCUGCUGUAGUGAAGGCACCUUCCAGACUAGACAUAGCCGGUAGAAAUAUGGAAAAAGAAAUAAAGAGAUUCCGUGAAUUAUUGUUGUUUGGUAGAAAGAAGGUUUCACAACCACCGAAUAGGGGGAAAAAGCUACACAAUUUUAGAUGGGGGUAG